AACUAGAAACUUCCAAAUUAAAUGUGGGACUAUCUGAACUCUAAUUUUAAUAAACUUAUAGUCAAACUGAACAUCUAAAAGAGAUAAACUCAUUGACAUCAAAAUCAGUAUAAUAUGAGCCCAAACUGGUCCAAAUUAAGAGUUUGAAGCACAUUUAGAUGGCUCGAAAUAUAAAUUGGAUGAUCAAAUGAUAUCCAAAUAUAGCAUGCUUACAGUCGAAUCAAGCAGCCCACCGACAAAGAUCCCUCCGACCACAGUCACCCUUCGAGUAUGAUCCCUCCAACCACUGUCACCCAUCGAGUAUGAUCUCUCCAACCACUGUCGUCCGUAAACUACAAUCCCUCCGACCUCGAUUGCCUACCGACUAUGAUCGCUUUGACCUCCGUCACCAGCCGACUACGAUCACUCUGACCUUCGUUACCCACCGAUUAUAGUCCCUCUGACCACUAUUGCCCGCCGACUACGUUCCCUCCGAUCAUCGUCGUUCGUAGACUACGAUUCCUUUGACCUCCAUCUCCCGUCGACUACGGUCGGUCCUUCUGACCACCGUUAUCUGCCAACCGACUACAAUCCCUUUGACCUCCGUCGUCAAACUACUGCCCUACCAAACAAAUGCACAUAUUAACUCUCUCUUAAAAACAACUCUCAUAUCAGUAGUUAGAUUCUUUCAACUCCCACCAUGAAGUAUACUAUCUAUUUCCUACAUUAGGCCAACAUUUUCACCAAGAAAGGACAUCAUUUGUAAUCAACAAUAAACAAUAGUUGGUUCAUUUCAACUGGGUCAUAUCCCAUGAUUUUUCUCCCUUUUCAGAGUUUUCUACAUAAAAAUUAUGUUGUCACUUAUCACUUUUGUACCCCACUCUUUUUAUCUGUGUGCUAGAUCUUCGUAUAAAACUAGAAUGUUAAACUGCCUCUCUACUAUCGUGAAUGUUCUACGACACAAUAAUAAUAAUAAUAAUAAUAAUCUCUUAAAAAAAAUUGAGAUAUCUAAAUUUUAAAGUCAAUACUUUUUGAUUGAUUGUCAAAGUUACAAACCAACAUAUCAAUGUGAGGUGUCAUAACCACCCAAAAUCAUCACACAUGAAGCUGAAAAUUGGGUGACAUUUCUCAAUUCCUUUUUACUCCAACAGAACACAAAAAAAAUUUUAGUUUUCUUACCACCUUUUGACAUCUGGAAUCUGCAACCCGUUUCCCUUUCCCGUCAAAGAAACCUCAUUGAAAGUUUAUCCCAUUCUUCCACCUCCUACCCAAAAAGCAGCCUCUUUUUCAUCUUCGUCUCCAUGGGUUUUCUCUCAACGAAUCCAAUUCUUUAUCCUCCCUCCCCACCAAUGCCAUCCCUUCCCGCCUCAAACACCUUCCCCCAAUUUUUAACCCACCCAAAUCCACCAUUUCUUCUAAUUCACCGACAGAAAUGGCAAAAAGACGAGGUACAGCCGCCUGCGCGAUGCUGCUCCUGCUGCUUUCCUCUGUCACAUUUCAAUCGAGGGAAGGAGAGGCUUUGUGCAGCAAUUGGGGGACGCGGUCGACUCAUCCGCUUCCCGCCAACAUCGUGGUGCAACUGCUUAAAGACAAUGGAUUCGAUAAGGUGAAGCUCUUUGAAGCUGAUCCCUUUGCGCUUCAGGCCCUCGGCCGCUCUAAUAUCCAGGUCAUGGUCGGGAUCCCUAACGAGAUGCUCGCGCCGCUCGCCGCCAGCGUUCGCGCGGCGGAGCAAUGGGUGCUGCAUAAUGUGUCGACUUAUAUCUCCAAAAAUGGCGUCGAUAUCAGGUACGUGGCAGUAGGCAACGAGCCGUUCCUGAAGACCUACAUGGGCAUGUUCCAGCAGACCACCUUCCUCGCCCUGCAGAACAUCCAGGCCGCCCUAAUCAAAGCCGGCCUCGGCCGCCAAGUCAAGGUCACAAUCCCACUCAACGCCGACGUCUACCAAUCCUCCAACGGCCUCCCCUCCAGCGGCGACUUCCGCCCCGACAUUCACGACCUAAUGCUCUCCAUCGUCGGUUUCCUCCGCGACAACGGCUCCCCUCUCACAAUCAACAUCUACCCCUUCCUCAGCCUCUACGCCGAUCCCCACUUCCCCGUCGACUACGCCUUCUUCAACGGCGCCGCUAACCCCCUCGUCGACGGCCCCAUCACUUAUACCAACGUCUUCGAUGCUAAUUACGAUACCCUGAUUUGGGCGUUGGAACGAAAUGGCUUCUCCGACAUUUCCGUCAUAAUAGGGGAGAUUGGGUGGCCGACCGACGGCGAUCCUAAUGCUAAUGUCGACAACGCGAGGCGGUUCAACCAGGGGCUCUUCGACCGCAUCGCGAAGCGCAUGGGAACGCCGAAGCGGCCCACGCCGCCGGAUAUCUAUGUGUUCGCGCUUAUUGAUGAGGACGCCAAGAGCGUCCAGCCGGGGAACUUUGAGAGGCAUUGGGGGGUGUUUUACUACGACGGUUCCGUCAAGUACCCGCUCGUGCUGGCCGAUGGGAGAAGCCUCGUUCCCGCUAAGGGAGUCAGGUACAUGGAGCCGCAGUGGUGCGUGAUGGCGCCGGAGGCGAGCUUGACGGAUCCGCAGCUUGGAGGAAGCGUGGAGUACGCGUGCGGGUACGCGGAUUGCACGAGCCUCGGAAGAGGAUCUUCUUGUGGGGACCUUGACGCUCGUGGCAACGUCUCGUAUGCCUUCAACCAGUUUUAUCAGACGGCGGAUCAACAGAAGGGGGCCUGUGCAUUUGGAAACCUUUCUGUGAUCACGCGAUCGGAUCCAUCACUGGCGACGUGCAGAUUCGAGAUCAUGAUCGACGUUGGCCGACACGACAAGUCCGUCAAUUCCAGCGCGGAUGCUUCGGCGGUCGGAGUUCGGGGUGUGGCUGCAGGGGUUGCGGCGGCAGCGGCCGUGACCCUUGUGAUGUGGAGUAGUUCGUAAAUAAUGGGUUUUAAGCUGCUCUGUUCCUGUACAGGACGGUUGGUUACUUGUUUGUUAUUUUUUGGGGUGUAGAGAGGGGCAAAUUAUUAAGUCCGGUGUCCUGGACAUCAAUUCAGGUGCGUCAAGUCAUCAAAAUACAUCGGCCCCGAUGUAUUUGGGUGACGUGACGUAUAUGGAUUGAAUGUCCAGACGUCCAGUACCCAGACGUAAUAAUUGGCCGUAGAGAGGAGAGGAAGGUGAUUGGGAUGGAGACACUUUGGAUAGGGAUUCGUUGGUGUAAACUUGCACUAAAAACUUUCACACAUAAUUGAAUUUAUUUAUUUAUU